GCCUCCCCCUUGUGACACACUUACAGGGCUGCAUUGGCAGCAUGACUUUCACUGCUCUCCAAGGACAGCUGUCUGAUGUACCUUCAGGAAAAACUAACAAACAUGGAGGCCUUAGGAGUCCAAGUGCACAGACCCUGCUCCUUUUACACUAACCACCUUAAUCCGUCAGACCAGCAAUGCUCGUCUUCCAAGCCCCCGUUGGGCUCUUCCGCCAUGACAUCACGGAUUCUGCUGCGGCAGCAGUUGAUGCGAGAGCAGCUCCAGGAGCAGGAGCGGCGGGAGCAGCAGAGACGUCAGGCCUCCUCCACCUCACAGCACCCCCAGACCACCGGCGGCCACACCCACACCCAGACACCGGCCAUCAACGUCAGCGCGCCCCCCAGCCUGCCCCCCGCAUCCCAGCUACCCAUGGAGGUGUUGAAGGUGCAGACUCAUCUGGAGAACCCCACCAAGUACCACAUCCAGCAGGCCCAGCAGCAGCAGGUGAAGCGCUACCUGGGCAAGCUUGGCUCCCUGCCCUGCCCCAACCAGUCCUCUGACCACGGGGGCAUGCCUCCGGGGCCGGGCAACAGUGCCCCCAACAGCCCCAUGGCCUUACUCACCCUCAACGUCAACUGUGAGAAAGAGAUGGAUGAUGUCAUUGAUGACAUAAUUAGUCUGGAAUCGAGUUAUAACGAUGAUAUCCUUGGAUUAAUGGACCCAGGGCUUCAGAUGGCCAAUACGAUCGCUGUCAACACUAACCUCUUGGACAUUUAUGGUAACCAGGGCAUGCCCCCUCCAGGCCUGGCCAUCAACUCCUGCCCUGCCAACCUGCCCAACAUCAAAAGGGAAUACUCAGUUUCCCAAUCUCCGGCCAUCAUGCACAUGCUGGACAAGUCUGGAUCGUGUGGCAAGUUUGAGAACUAUCCAAGGCCUGAAGGGUUUCCUGUAGAAGCAGAGGUCAGGGCAAUGGCAAAGGAAAGACAGAAGAAGGAUAACCAUAAUUUGAUUGAGAGAAGACGGAGGUUUAACAUCAACGACCGGAUCAAAGAAUUGGGGACAAUGAUUCCAAAAUCAAAUGAUCCGGAUAUGCGUUGGAACAAAGGCACCAUUCUCAAGGCGUCGGUGGACUACAUCAGGAAGCUACAGAGGGAGCAGCAGAGGGCCAAGGAGCUGGAGAACAGACAGAAGAAGCUGGAGCACGCCAAUAGACACCUGAUGCUGCGGAUACAGGAGUUGGAGAUGCAAGCUCGUGCCCAUGGUCUGACCACAGCCUCAUCUGCCCUCUGCUCAGCGGAGCGCUCAGCCCGAGGCAUCAAGCAGGAGCCAGCCCUGGGAGACUGCCACCAAGAUCUGUACCCAAUCCACCCCCAACACCAACACCACCCAGCCUGCACUCCAGACCAGGUUCAGUACACCACCUUGGAGCUCAACGAUGGAGCAUCUCCCUACACCGAGGGCCACAGGGGUGUCUCAGGCGACCAGAGGCAUUACGGCGGUCAUACUAAGGGGGCCUUGAAGCUCAGUGACAUCCUGAUGGCCGACAUCUUGUCCCCGGUGGGAGGGGGAGACCCCCUGCUCUCCUCUGUCUCGCCCGGGGCCUCUAAGGACAGCAGCUGCUCAGGCAGCAUAAGCAUGGAAGAGAACGACCAGAGCUGUUAGCACUCACUGCUGCCACUCCCCCCACCUGCAUCUUUAUCUCCAUCCCUCCAACCUGUUCUAUGUUGUGUUGAGGCCUCCUCAGACAACUCCCUUCAGUAGAUAACUUCAGCCAGCUGCUGGUUGGUUAGUUAGUUAGUUAGUUUGUUUGUUUUCAGGUGUUUACACAUAUUACAUUUUUCAUAGCUAUUUUUUAUUUUAAUUUUUUAUUAUAUGGUAUCAUUGGGUUCUGAAAGACAUCAAACUGAAUUUAGUUCAGUUUCUCUUAUGUAUUGAGUUUAAAUUACUUUUUAAUAGUUUGUUUUAAUAGAUCAUGGUCUGAUUUUAUAAAUACUUUGAUGACAAUGAGUCAGGGAGUGAUAUCUCACCAAAGGUAUUCAUCCCCCUUGGUGUUUUUCCUAUUUUGUUGCAUUACAACCGGUAAUUUAAAUGGAUU